AUGAAUUUCUCCUCUUCUCAUCAGAAGCAGCAGCUAAGAAGGCACGUGCCAUCCUCGGAAGGAAAUCUAUCACUAAACAAUGUACUUUCACAACUCUUACUCGGCAAUAAUCCUUCGAAAAAUAUAUUUAUGGUACUCUUAUCGAGUAUUCUUUCAAUAUAUUUAACACAAUACACGAUGAAGAAAAUUAAUUCAUUUCGGAAAUUAAUGAAUGAAAAUCCUUUGUUUCUAAUUUGGGGAGUGUUGAAUGUAUUGAGUGGACGAAAAUUCUUUGAUAAUAAUAGAUUAACACACAACGAUACAAAUAAUUCUAAUCACAUACAACAAACAGAAGUAAAAUCAACAUCUCCAAGAAAGGGGUUAUUUAAUUUAUUUUCCAGAAAGAAACAUAUUCAACAUGUAGAUUCAAAACCAAAAACAAUUAUUGAAGAAACAAUGCAAAUUGAUGAAGACGAAGUUGAUGAAGAUGUGUAUUACAUUAAGCUGUAUCGACAAAGAAAUGCAAAACAGGCAGAGAAUGUCAUUCCAGCUAAUUUGAGUCAGCUCGCUUUGAACGCAGGAACAUUGUUUAACAGAGUCAAGCAAUAUGUCACAGCCGAAGAUAUUUUAGAACAAAAUCAAAGACGAUUGGCGACAAAUAAUAGUACCACAGAAUUUACAGAAUAUUUCGUAAAUAACCCAAAUGACUCCAGAUCCUAUCGACCAGAUUUCAAUUUUCCAACAUACGAUACUUUUCAAACAAACUCAGAGACAGUGCUUCCUAAAAUGUAA